AUGUUGUCCCAUUUCACAGUGUUUGGCGUGUUGUUGCGUUUGGUGGCAGCGGCAUCGCGAACUUCACCCCCAUCCGGAAGCAUCACGGUGUGCAGUUCAGGCUGCAACUACAACAAAAUCCAGAAUGCUGUGAACUCCAUUUCAACAACCUCGACUUCGGCGCAUAGCAUCUUCAUCUAUGGCGGCACUUACACCGAGCAGGUCACAAUUCCUUCUCUGGCUGGAAAGCUGACCAUCUAUGGCUAUACCACCAACACUGCCUCUUACAGUAACAAUGCUGUGAAUCUUCAGUGGAGCUCUAGUCUCGCUAGUGGUGCUCCGGACGAUCAGCACACCUCGGCGCUGAUCAACUUGUCGAAGAACGUUGCAGUGUACAAUAUCAACAUCAAAAAUACCUAUGGCAAAGGGUCGCAGGCCGUGGCACUAUCUGCUUAUAAUACUGCGCAAGGCUAUUACGGCGUCGGACUUUACGGCUCCCAGGACACACUCCUCGCACAGACUGGCAACCAGGUAUACGCCAACUGUCUCAUACAGGGCGCAGUUGACUUCGUGUUUGGGCAGCACGCGCGGGUCUGGAUCACCAAGUCUGUAAUCGCCGUUACUGAAGGGGGCCAUUACAUCACUGCUAAUGGGCGAGAUUCGUCCUCUGAUCCGAGCUACUACGUGAUCGACAACAGCGCUGUCCAGGCCGCCUCGGGUUUCUCAGUGGCGGCCGGAAGCGUGUAUCUCGGCCGCCCGUGGAGGGAGUAUGCCCGUGUCUGCUUCCAGCGAUGCAGCCUUUCGAACAUUAUCAACAGUGCCGGCUGGACCGUGUGGAGCAGUAGCACACCGAACACUGGUCAUGUAACCUUCCAAGAGUAUGGAAACACCGGAUCCGGUGCGAGUGGCAACAGGGCGAGCUUCGCUACGAAGAUUAGUGCACCGCUCACGAUUGGGAGCAUUAUCGGAAGCGACUACACUAGCUGGGUCGAUACCUCAUACUUGUAG